CUGCCUUCGCCGGCCCCCGAAGCGGCGCGGGACUCCCGGCGCCGUCUGCGGUACUCAGGGAUGCCCGCUUAGGCUUAGGACCGGCCCGCUGGCAAGGUCGAGCCGCUGCAUUUUAUUUCGUGCGUGGUUUCUGCACAGGCUGGAGUUCCGAGGUUGGGUCGUACUUGGGACCUCGGCGAAGAGGACCCGUUAAUUUUUUUUCUUUUCAAAAUGGCAGCCUCCAGUCGCGCACAAGUGUUAGAUCUGUACCGGGCGAUGCUGAGAGAGAGCAAGCGUUUCAGCUCCUACAAUUACAGAACAUAUGCUGUCAGGAGGAUAAGAGAUGCCUUCAGAGAAAAUAAAAAUGUAAAGGAUCCUGUAGAAAUUCAAACCCUAGUGAAUAAAGCCAAGAGAGACCUUGAAGUAAUUCGUCGACAGGUCCACAUUGGCCAACUGUAUUCAACUGACAAGCUGAUCAUUGAGAAUCGAGACAUGCCCAGGACCUAGCAAGCCGGGGACCAGCCACCAACGGCGGCCAGGGACCACCUUCAGCAUCCACUCUGUGUUUGAGAUGGGGGCUCCCCAAACCAGCUUACAAUAGCCUUUUGCACUGCCUGCCCUGUGGGAGCUGAUAAACCAAGUCACGUUUGCGUUCUGUUGCAGCCUUCGUGAAAAAGGAUGGCUGUCUCUCCUUGGUUCACGUGUUAGAAUGGAGAGCUAGAGUUUGUUCAGAAUAGUGCUGUGUGUUACCGCGUCUCCCCUCCACCCCACUUCUAUCUCGUAGCUCAUGGCCAUUGUGUAUAGCAUUUCUACAUGUUGUAUCUUGGUCCUUGACAAUAAAAAGAAUUGUCUCCCUGAGCCUUUCACACCAGAUAAACCCCUGCCGAUUAAUGCAUUUUCAUUUUCUACUGACAGAAGGCCUGGAGAGGGCUGUUGGGGGCCCUCAGGGAGGGUUCAACCCUGAGAAAAGAAGUGCCUUGGUGAAGGCAAGUCCAAGCCCCACUUGAGACUGGGGCAGUGUGGAGCAGGGCAGGGCUGCGAGGGUACACGGUGCAUGCUGUAACGUAUACCUGAACCCAGUACAACAAAGGUGAUGGGUGUGUAGGUACACACCCAGAGAUGGCGCACUGCGGAUCAGCAACCUUAGCCCCACCUAGGAGCUUGCUGGAAAUGCAGGCUCAAGUCCCUCCCAACACCUGGUGAAUGAGAGCCCCCCAGCCUGAUCCAAGCCCAGGACAACCCCCAUACCCUGAAGCCUGGAACAUGCUGCGCAGCACUGGUGCCCAAAUCUGGCUGCUGGACAGAAGCACCUGGAGAGUUGGAGCGCUUUUUAAAAAGAUGUCUCAGCACUUCGCUCUCUGCAGGUUCUGACUCAGUAAGUGAGGGGUGAGGCACAUGUUCCUCUCUUUCUAAAGCUCUGCCAGUGUUUUUCAUGUUUAACCAGUUGGGGACCCCUGCUCUUUAAGCAUAUUACAGGUAAUAAAUAUAUUGUUUGUAUGCUUUUA